AUGACGGCAGCAUCGUCACCAUCGACCAAGAAGUCUAUCCGACCCCACCGAAAAUCACGGGGUGGUUGCGGUCUUUGCAAACGGAGGAAGGUCAAGUGCAACGAGGAGAAGCCAUGCAGCAACUGUGUAAGCUUUAGUCUCCCGUGCGAUCUUGCUCCGGGUGGGACGCGCGUCGAGUACAGCAAGGCUCCAGGAUCUCGACCCCCUCGAGGCCGGCCUCGGAAAGUUUGGAGCGGUGAGUCUGCGUCUCUUCCGGCUGCCCAUGGCCACAAACCGGCACCAACCACCUGCCGGAGUGAAACGGAUUCCUCGGGGACACCAUCACAGUCCCCCAGUUCCACGGCAACACCCAGCUCUCCGGCCUUCGAUGCCGACCGGACGCGUAUUAACCUUGACAAUGCGGAGCUCCUCCUCCACUUCGUCACCACGACAGCAGAGACCUUCGCCGGCGGCGAGGACACGGGGAUGCACCGGUUCUGGGCACGCAACACGCCGCAGAUGGGCUUGAGCCAUCCGUUCGUCCUCCACCUCAUCCUCGCCUCGGCCGCGUUUCAUCUGGCCUACGUAGCAACCAAGAAGAAUAAAGGAACGGAGAGCGGUGAUGACAAUGGCCGUCACCAAACCCCCAGCGCUUACCUCUCUCUCGCCCGGCAGCACCUCACAGCCGGCGUUUCAGGUUUCUCAGCCCAGCUCUCCCGGCCCGGGCCCGACAAUUGCGGCGCCCUAUACCUCGGCGCGGUGCUGACGAGCUAUUGCACUUUCGCGGCUGGGUCAACUAGCCGGGACGACCUGCUCGUGUGCACGGCAAGCGACAUGGCCACUCCAAGUACAACCACUGCUUCUGCUUCUCCCGGCUCGUGGAUGCCCUUCGUCUCCGGAGUGCGCCUCAUGCACGAGUCCUUCAGGUCCGAGGUGCUGUUCGCAGGCCUGAUGGCGCCCUUCAGGACCGGCUCACUGUCGGGGCAGCAGCUUGAACAACCCGUCUACGCGAGGGACGGGUUUCCGAGACUGGACUGGGAGGGCGCAUUGGACGGGCUUAGGGGCUUCAUCGCAGCUGCCAACCCAGAUGGGGAAUCUCCCAGGACGGCAACGGCAUCACUCUGCCUCGCAGCGCUUGACGCCUUAAUUGCGAUCUACAGCGCCAUCUACGGACGCCGUCUAGGCCCGGGCAACGACAUUACACACGCCGGCCCCUCCGAGGACCAGUUCGUUUUUGGCUGGCUCUACCGAGCCCAGCCCGAGUUCGUGGCGUGCGUCAGGAAGCGCGAGCUGCAUGCUCUGCUGGUUCUGGCGCACUACGCCGUGCUCCUCAACACAGAUACGAUCCCGGGGGGAUGGUAUAUCGAGGGCUGGAGGGAACACAUCGUGGCGAGGGUGGGCGAGUUGGUUAAGAAUGAUGGAGAGUGCAGCAAGUGGAUAGGUUGGCCGGUGGCACAAGCAGUGCCGAAUGGAGAGAGCGGAAGCGGAAGCGGAAGAAGAAAAGAGGGAGAGCUUGUGCCGGUUACCCAAGAUAUAUUGCCUCCAACCAACCAAACCCCUUGA